AUGCAAGCAAAAGUAAGAGAGCUUAGCAAACUGUCAGAAGAGAUGGUGGUGCCAAUUCUAUCCAGGUUAUCUCCCAAAUCUCUGAUGCGAUUCAAGUGCGUACACAAGUCGUGGUAUAAUCUGAUCGACAACCCUAGCUUCGUAGACAAGCACAUCAUGACCUCCGAGAGCAACAAACACUCCACAUCCAUCCUUUGCAAGCGUUUUAUCCUCAGGGAUGUCAGUACUGAAGAGAAGGAAAUUGUGUACUCAUUGAUUACAUUUUACAAUGAUAAUUUUGAUGAUGAGCAUAUCACUGUCGAGGACAUUGACAUUCCGACUUCUAUGGGUUUAACGACGCGAGGCCAAUUUAUUGGGAAUGAGCUUCAAGCAGUUUUCCUUAUUGAUAAAGGACAUUGUCAAGGGAUUAUAUGUCUCUCUGAUGCUUGGAAUACUAUUUUAUGGAAUCCAGCGAUCAAAGAAUUCAAGGUUCUUCCCCAGUCAUGCAUUCCGGAUGCGAACAUGAAUUAUGUUGGAUUUGGAUAUGACCCCAAAUCUAAAGAUUACAAAGUUGUUAGUAUUAGACAAGAUGAUCUAGCAAAUGAAGAUGCCCGUAUCAUUAUUUAUCCUCCUAGGGUAGAAAUAUAUUCAUUGAGAACAAAUUCGUGGAGAGAAAUCAGGACGGAUAAUCUAGAGAGAGAAGUUACAAACAUUUGGCCGGAAUCUUUUCAAUUGUACUACAAGGGAGUUUGUUAUUGGAUGGGACGUGAACAACGAAAGGAAUUUCUCUCCCUUUAUGCUAUAGUUGAAUGUGAGGAUGAAUGGCUUCGUCAUAUGAUCAUUAUUUUUGAUACGAGUAAUGAAGUAUUUGAUCACAUAUUACUUCCGUAUAGCUUGUACGAUCAGGAAGCGCAGUAUUCCGACAUGCACACUAUUGUAUGGAAGGAAACUAUUGCUCUUUUUGGUUUGUAUCGAAUUGGUGGUCCAGAUGCAUAUGGAUUGUGGGUAAUGGAUAAUUUGGGUAGCGUCAAGGUUUCUUGGACUAAACAGUUCACUGUAGAAGGUGUAGAAGGAAUCAAGAAGGAUUUGGAAUUCUGGAAGAGUGAUGAAAUUCUUAUGAUCGGAACAGAUGGGCGUAUAGCCUCAUACAACAUUAGUACCAAGAAAGUCAAUUAUCUUUCUAUUGAUAGUGUCUAUCCAGAGAACACGGAAACUGUUAUUUGUUUAAACAGUAUAGUUUCCAUUAAUAGAAAGCAACAAAAUUAA